AUGGCGGAAAUCCCUAUCGGAAUUGCCGAUAUUUUUGAAUAUAAAGCUUCAUAUGAGGCGUCACUUGCGAUUACUAUUAAGCCAGACCCGUGUAUCAUGUGGAAAGUUGCUUCAAAGCUACUCGGUCUACUGGUGCUCCUGCAGCAUACAGUCGCCGAUACAGAUGAUCAAACUUCAGCACAGGUGAACCGAGGCACGUUUGACAAUCCUGCAUCGCGCCUACGCCCUCGAUUUCGAUACUGGCUACCAGAUGCUGGCGUUGAUGUGGAGAUAGUGCAAGAAAAUAUAAAGUCUUCCGGAGCGAUCGGUGCUGGUGGGGUCGAGUUCCUACCGUUCUAUAACUAUGGCGGUGAAUUGAGUGCAGCACCUGAAGGCUCCAACUGGAGCAAAGAUGGGUUUGGCACUCCAACAUACCAUAAAAUGUUUUUGGCAGCCUUGAAAGCUCAUAAGGAAGCUGGAUUGGCCAUGGACUUCCCAUUGGGUCCAAAUCAAGGCCAGGGUGUGCCAGCAGACCCGACAGAUGAAGGAUUGCAGUGGGAUCUUGAACCCUUCUCGGUAGUAGUGCCACAGAGUGGGAAAUACGAGGGAGUAAUUCCUGGAUGGGGAUCUGGUGAACUUAUUGCACUCGUAUCUGCUGAAGUUGUCUCUACAAAAAACAUCAGCAUGGAUACUAGCGCCACAGCCUCUUUUCUGGGAACAGGCCAAAGCUCCUACUUGCAUCUGACUUUGAAGAGUGGUACCCUCGAAAAUUGGGCACACAAGGUGUCUUCGGCUGGGCAUUUAUCGCUCGAGCUGCCUACGACAUCGUUAUCCUAUCGACUAUUCGCCUUUUAUCAACUUCAAACUCAUAACAAAAACCUUGAAUAUGCCAAUAGUGAGGGAACUACAAUCUGGGAUAAUGGCUCAUAUGUUGUGGAUCAUUACAGUGCGCACGGUGCUCGAACAAUCACCAAGUUCUGGGAGAAAUACAUACUCCCAGGUGAAGUGAAAGACCUCUUGAUGGAAGUUGGAAACUAUGGCUGGGAGGACAGCAUAGAAAUCCUGUCGAAUAUCUCCUGGACCCCCUCGUUGCCCGAACUCUUCCAGUCGAUAUACGGAUAUGAUCUGAAACCGAUGCUUCCCCUCAUAAUGUACGGCGACAAUAACAUCAAUACACAAAGUAGUAAUCCAGGCGAUAUUCAAUGCGUCCUGGAUACUCCAAGCCAAGGUCUAGGCUACGUCAAUGAUUUCCGAGGAGCCCUCGUCGCCGGAUACCGCACCUACCUCCAAGAAUUGACCGAAUGGGUAAACAAGGAGUUGAAACUGCAGAUGUCCGCCCAAGUGUCCUAUAAUCUGCCCAUGGACAUGGAAGCAAACAUCCCAUUCGUGAACGCGCCCGAGUGCGAGAGCUUGCAAUUUAACAGCAACAUCGACGGCUACCGGCAGUUUACCGGGCCUGCCAAUCUCGCAGGCAAGCGGGUGAUCUCGAAUGAGAUGGGCGCAGUCAUGCUGGAAGCUUAUAAUCUGCCACACAGCGAGCUUCUUUCGUACAUCAAUCGCGCUAUCGUCGGAGGUGUCAACCAGGUUGUCUUGCACGGGCAGUCGUAUACUGGCAAUUACUACGGCACGACCUGGCCGGGAUACACUGCGUUUCAGUAUCUUUUCUCGGAGCUUUAUUCAGAUAAGCAGCCAUCAUGGAACCAUGGACUUGGCGAUGUGUUGAAUUAUACGGCCCGCGUGCAGUAUCUUCAGCAAUCGGGCGUGCCACGCAUCGACGUGGCUAUCUAUAACAAGGUGUCUGCUACCAAUGCGAAUUUCCCGACACUGUAUCCAUCUAAAGAUCUGAUUCAUGCCGGAUACACAUACACCUAUCUCUCGCCAGAUAACUUCGCUCUUCCACAGGCCAAGGUUCAAAAUGGCAUCCUCGGCCCUGACGGUCCUGCAUAUAAGGCUAUGGUGAUUACGAGCAACAGCAACUUAACGCUCGAAAGCGUACGCUAUAUACAGAAAUACGCUCGCUCUGGGCUACCAAUAAUCCUGAGUGGUGGCGAUCCAGGUGUUUACUCGACGCAUGAUGAUAGCAAUACACCUGUCGUUCAGAAAGCCAUCCAGAAUCUGAAAAAGUCGCGGAAUGUAUACAGCGUGUCCGAAGGAGCAGUCGCUUCUAAGCUUCAAUCGCUCGGACUGGAGCCACAAGUUGCCGUGCAGACAAAUGGGACCUGGUACUCGACGUGGCGGGAAGACGCACAGCACGCGAUGGACCACGCCUUCGUCUUCUGCGAUGGCCCCGGAUCGACAGGUACUGUUGAAAUUGCCAGUACCAAAACGCCCUUCUUCAUGGACCCAUGGACCGGACAGCAAAAGCCGGUGCUCAAUUACAUCCGCCACGGGAACCGGGUCUCAAUUCCACUCAGCCUGGCAGCCAACCAGACUGUCGUGAUUGCGUUCACUAACAGUGAUAACGGCUCCGUAGAGCACAUUGCCCAAAUGCCUACAUCAAUUCUCGGAUACGAUGUCUCCCAGGACGGCGGCUUGACCUUGCAUGUAUCGGCUAGCAAGAGCAGCCAAUCUCUCGUUUUGUCGAAUGGCACCCGUGUGCGCCUUCCAGCUACGAAUAUCGCUGCAGCAACCACCCUAUCGAGUUGGACCCUGACAGCAGAGCACUGGGAGGCACCGUCCAAUAUCUCCGACGUCACUAUUGUCGCCAGGAAACAUAAUACCACCCACCACCUAUCCUCCCUGGUCUCUUGGACUCAGAUUGGCGGCCUGAAGAAUGCGUCCGGACUGGGCUACUAUUCGACCUCCAUAUCUUGGCCCCCAGUUUCUGGCACCGCCGACGGCGCCUAUCUCGUGCUGCCAGCAAUUUCUCACGCCGCACGGGUAUACGUCAACGGGCAAAAAGUGCCCCCCGUUGACUUGGCAGCGCCACGCGUGGACCUUUCAUCUUACCUGAAACGCGGCGCUAACGAGAUAUCAGUUGUCGUGCCGACCACGAUGUGGAACUAUAUCCGGAGCAUUAUCGGUCAGAUAGAAAGUUCGGGCAUCCCCGUUCAGUCGGUAUUGACAGCUGUUGAGGGAGAGUUGCCUCCGAUCAGUGAUAAUGGCUUGGUUGGAACAGUAUCCUUGAUACCUUAUAUAUCAUGCAGUACCAAUACUAUUUAG